GUUAGGUAUAUCACCUUUUUAUUGGUGGCCUCCCUCCAAAUUAGGGUUUUCCUUUUCCAGAAUUGUUAGAGAUAUUUCUCACAGCUAUGCACUAGUCAAAAGUGACAGUUACAAAGAUGAAGAGCAAUAGCUUUGAUCAAAGAGAAUUAGAGCUACCAAGAUCAACAUCAGUCACUUGUAAUGAAAAUGAAUCCGUUAGAUCACGGAUUAGAAAGAUGGGUCCAAUCUGUAAAACCAGAAAGGAAGUUGCUGUUGAUUUUCACAAGUCAUCCAUGGAAGAGGAUGAUCUUGAUCUUGAUGGACAGCUUACCAGGGAAAGAUUGUCUGAUGGUAGUGAGUGUAUGUGGCUAUCUUCAGCUGAUCCAUCCCCUUCAUUGUUUCUUGAAAAUUAUAAAUCGUCUAAUUCUUCGUUUCAUCUCUCUGUCGACGAAGGGCUAAUUUCAUGGCUGCCAAAAAUGGCAAGCUCUUAUAUUUAUCUAGAUAAAGGAAGCAAUUCAACAGUAGAUCCUGAGGAGGAGACAUCUUUAAAAACUCCGGUUACUGAUAUCAUUUCAAUGAAGGAAGAUUGGAAGGGAGAAAAAACGUUGACUUCUGUAGAGAAAUCACAUGGAAAUGAUGCAUCAGAUUCCUCGGACGCCUAUUCUGAGAGUGUCAAGACUUCUUUAAGGCAGUGCUGUGAGGAGUACUCAAGUUUCGACAAAUGUUUGACGCCUUGUAGCACCACCAUCAUCUUUGAUUCUUCAGUGUCAUCUCAGAUAUCAGACACAGACAGUACAAGUUUCUUGGAUUGUUUAGUCAAUCUUGACGGUGAAGAUUCCAAGCUGAUAUCAGAUGAAGAACUGGACAUGGAUUAUCUCCCAUCAGGUUUCCCUAGCCCAUCUUGUAACAACUCCAUUUAUAAUGAUUCAACACCUAAUUCAGAAAUUAAUAAACAUACAAGAUAUGGUAUGUUUUCGGAGCAUAAUUCUUCAGACUCGUUACAUUUGGAAGACUUCAGUACAGAUGAACCUCUUUUCUGGCCAUCAGAAUGCAAACGUGAUUGGAGUUCUGAAGAAACUUGGAAAUUCUUUUCAAUGUCACCUCGUAAAUACACGACAGAACUUGGAAUGCCCCGGAAGACCUGUUCUAAGUCAGCUGAGUCAAAAUUUCAUGUUCUGAAAAUGGAUUCCAGAAAGGAUUGUAGGAGAAGACUCGAUUUCAGCUCAGUUUCGAUAGUAGCAGUGAAGAUGUUGGAGCAUAAACAAAGAAGCAACACUAAUUAUUCGAAGAAAAUCAAACCUGCUUCUAGUACCACCCCUUCGAGAUUGAGAAGGUCAACAGAACAUUCAGCGAAAAUAGUACCCAUAGAAAUGGAAGAUGAUAUAAAACAAGCAAAAAAUAGAGAAGUUGCUGUUGCGAAAUUGAACUGUAUCCAUGUAGAUUUGUUACAAGAUGAUAUCAUAUCAAAUGAAGAACUUCCAAUUGAGACCCUGUUAGGACUUGGUGAGUUUGAUGGACAUGAAGGAGUAGAUUCAGAAUUCAAUGAAGAUGUUUUCACAUUGGAUGACUCUUUCUGAGAACCCAAAUACUGUUUUGUUCUGUUGUUCCAGAAUUGGUAGUUUCGGAUUUGAUCAGCAGAACACAGCAAAAUUAUAAUGUAAUUUUGUUGAUAGUGCCAUUGAAGCAAUCACUACAGUUACAUGCAGUGAAAACAGACAUAGUAAACUUAAGCAUAAAUACAAUUGCAACAUUAAACUAGAACAUUAUCAAAUGGAGGUGCUUGUUAUUAUAGGAUAAUUUAAACUAAACCUGGCUUGUUCAAAAAGGUUGCUAAA